AUGGAUUCGGAGUGGACAAGAGAAAGAGAAGGCUCCUCUUCUUCUACUCCUUGCUCGAAUCAUGAUGUGUUCUUAAGUUUAAGAGAUGAAGACACAUGCAAGAACUUCACUGAUCAUCUCUACACUGCUUUAGUUCGAAGAGGAAUCAACACCUUCAGAGACGACGAUGAGCUCAGGAGAGGAGAAGAUAUCACCUUAGAGUUGUUGAGAGCAAUAGAGAAAUCGAGGAUUUCCAUCAUUGUCUUUUCCAGGAAUUAUGCUUCUUCUAGGUGGUGCCUCGAUGAGCUUGUCAAGAUAAUCGAGUGCAGAGAGACAAUCUGCCAAAUGGUUCUACCUAUUUUCUUUGAUGUUGAUCUAUCUGAUGUUUGGAAACAGAGUGGGAUCUUCGGGGAAGUAUUUGCAAGGCUAGAAAAACGUUUCAAAGUCGAGAUGGAGAAGGUGGACAGGUGGAGGAGAGCUCUUAAAGAAGCAGUGAACCUGUCCAGGUGGGAUCUACGAAAUAGGUAA